GCGCAAACGAAAUUCGAAGUUUUAAAAUUUAAAAGUUCAAAUACAAAAUUCCGAAGACAUGCGUCAUGGACAAGAAUUUUGCCGACGACGUGGUGAUUCGAAAAUUCCAGGAACACAAACCGGUUUAUACACAGCAACACUUCUUGUUCGCGCGCAGCAAUGUCGAGUGUUCAAGGGAUGACGGUUAAUUGAAGAUGGCAUCACCGACCCCGUCAAUUGAAUCACUACCACGUGCAAAUUCAAUCGGAUCCUUCGGCGAUCACGCCGACUACCUAUCGCUAUCUUCACUUGCCGAUUCGCCGCUGACCGUGAGCGGAUCGUCGCCACCCGUAAGCGAUUCGGCCGAACGCGACCACGACUUGAUUGCCGGCGGGCACGGAGGCGCCGCGUGUUGCCAGAACUGCCGCGAACCGGGGGCCGACGCCGCCCACCACCUACCUUGCUAUCACGUUAUCUGCGCCAGCUGCUACGAGAAGAACAAGUACACCUGCCCCCGUUGUCAAAUUGACUCCAUCGAGGGUAUCCUCAGUAAUAUUCUCCUCGGCACUGCUGCUGAUACACCGUUGCCGCUCUCCAACGCAGAGCAUAUCAUCUCGCCGGCAGUGCGUUGCACCGGCUGCAAAAAGAAGAAGCUAGACGCGAUCGCGCGCUGUUUUGACUGCGCCAACUAUUUGUGCUCUAACUGCGUGAUGGCGCAUCAAUUUAUGCACUGUUUUGAGGGCCACCGGGUGCUCAACCUGGAUAUUAAGGACGAUACGGGUGCUCCGCCAACGUCGCACAAACCCUCCGCCACCGCGAUGGGUCAAAACGGCGAAAAGACAAUGUCUUGCCCUAAGCACAAGAGUGAGGUGCUCAAGUACUAUUGCCGUACAUGCGCUGUUCCAAUUUGCAAAGACUGCAUUUCGAUGGAGCACCCCGCGGGACUACACGACUGGGAGCAUAUUAAUGAUGCGGCGCCCAAGCAGAUCGAGGCUAUCACACAUGCUAUCCAAGAGGCCAAAACUAAGGCUACCGAUAUUAAGAAUGUGAUGAAGAACGUAGAACACGCUACCAGCCGCCUGCAAGUGCAAUACCACAAGGCGCAGAACGAAAUCAACGACACCUUCCAGUUCUACCGUUCCAUGCUGGACGAGCGUAAGCAAGAACUCCUGAAGGAAUUGGAGUCUGUUUUCUCUGCGAAGCAGAUCUCAUUAGGGGUGGCUACCCAGAAAGGGCAGGAAACGGUUGAUAAUAUCUACAAGACCUGUGAAUUUGUGGAUAAAUUGAACAAAUGUGCCAGCGUGGUGGAGAUCAUCAUGUGCCGCAAGUUGCUCGACAGCAAAUUACAGUCAUUGUUGAGUUUCAAUGUUGACCAGAGCGUGCAACAGGCGUGCGAUUUGGAAUUUGUCUCCAAUUACCAGGCUAUUCAGGUGGGAGUGCGCAACACUUUUGGCUAUGUUCGAUCCAAUUCAGAACCUGUGGUUGGCCCUAGCAAACAGCCCCCGAUUGCUCGCCCAACUGGUGGUAGUGGAAGUGGUAGUGCCGGCGGUGGUUCCAGCUCCAGUGGCUCAAGUGUAAAUGGCAGUUCCGGUAGUUUGAAUGGUGGUAUUGGAGGCGGCAUUCACUGCCCCUUCACGAUCUCCAGCUCUAGCCAGUCUACCUCGCCCUUUGAGUCUAACAUCAUCACAAAGCGUUUCAGUUCUGCGCACAGUCUAGGUCUAUUCACCACUACCGUGGGUGAUAUGAACCUCAAUGGUAUCAACUCCUAUGAAAAAUGGUCCAAUGGUGGCACUGAUAGUAUCUUCCAGAAUGGAGGUGUCCCAGAACCGUACCAUCUUACUGGUGGCGGCGGCGGGCAAGUGAAUACUGAUUUUGAUAUCACUUCCAAGCUGAUGUCUACGACGAUCUUCCCGCCCAAGUCGCAGAUUAAACGCCAAAAGAUGAUCUACCAUUGCAAGUUCGGAGAGUUUGGGGUCACCGAGGGCCAGUUUACGGAACCCAGCGGAGUCGCUGUCAAUGCUCAGAAUGACAUCAUCGUUGCCGACACGAACAACCACCGCAUUCAGAUCUUCGACAAGGAAGGCCGCUUCAAGUUCCAGUUUGGAGAGUGCGGCAAACGCGACGGGCCUCUGUACCCCAAUCGCGUUGCGGUCGUGCGUACUUCUGGUGACAUUAUCGUUACGGAGCGUUCUCCGACACACCAGAUCCAGAUCUACAACCAGUACGGUCAGUUUGUGCGCAAGUUUGGCGCUAAUAUUCUGCAGCACCCGCGAGGCGUCACCGUUGACAACAAGGGACGCAUCGUCGUUGUGGAAUGCAAGGUAAUGCGAGUGAUCAUCUUCGAUCAGUCGGGCACCGUACUUCAGAAGUUCGGCUGCUCCAAGCAUCUCGAAUUCCCGAACGGAGUUGUUGUCAAUGAUAAGCAAGAGAUCUUCAUCAGCGAUAACCGCGCGCACUGCGUCAAGGUGUUCAGCUACGAGGGAAUUUUCCUGCGACAGAUCGGCGGCGAAGGCAUUACUAAUUACCCGAUUGGGGUGGGCAUUAAUGCUGCCGGCGAGAUCCUCAUCGCCGACAACCACAACAACUUCAACCUGACCAUCUUCACACAGGAUGGGCAGCUGGUAUCGGCGCUGGAGAGCAAAGUGAAGCACGCGCAAUGCUUUGAUGUGGCGCUGAUGGACGACGGUAGCGUCGUGCUGGCCAGCAAGGACUACCGCCUGUACAUCUAUCGCUAUGUACAGGUGCCGCCCAUCGGUUUGUAACUCGCUCCAGCUAGGCGGCCCCCUUCGCGUUACGUUCGGUCUUGUUGAGCAGCGUGCCCGACGCGCCGGCGGCAUCGCACCAUUCCGUCACACCUUUUGUUGAUGCAUUUUUAAGAAUCGGAAUGGCGCCGCCCGGCGUCAUGGCGCGAUUUGUACAUUUACGUUUCAUCUCCCCCCCUGAAUGCCCACCCUCCCCAGUUUAUAAUGAUAGUUUUGUAACGUUGAUAUCUAUUUUUAAUAUUGUACGAGAUGAGAAAAGUUUGACGAGAGUUUUUUUAUUCGAAGCGCGCGAGUGUGCUUCAUGAGCGAGCGGCCAAAAAAUCUCUUUGAACGUCGGCGGCACUCGGCGCGAAGAAGUUAUAAAACGUGAGGGCCAUUUGUUGUAUUUGUCGUAAAGUUUUGGCAUAAGAAACUAUAUUUUACUAAUGAGUGUACGGUGUUGUGAAUGUCUCUCCGUAGCGUAUACACGGUAUGUAGAAUAGCGCGUUGUUGUUUUUGGCGGAACUGAUAAAGAGCCGCGUUGUUAGCUACCCCUAGUCACCCCUCGUACGAGCGCAGAUGCAGCCCCAGCCCCCCACCCCCAAUGAAGAUGUGUAGCUCUGUAUAUCGGUCUAAAUGUUUUAAACAUAAGAGAAGUUUCGCGAUAAAGAACAUACACACACACAAACACACUACAUUCGCAGAGAUGUGCAGAGUGGUGAAUUGCGCGCAUACGCGAGAACACGCGAACGAAAAAAAAAAGAAAGAAGAAAAGGUAUUAGUAUGGUAAUAUUGACUUUUAUUUUUUGAUGAUUUUGUUUUAUUUUUUAGUUUUGUUAUAAUAUUGUCUAUUAUUUAAGUUUGGAGGCGCGCGCAAAAACACGAGAAUAACACUCACAAAACGAAAUGCCAGAAACCGACGAGCGUGCGGUGCAUGUUGCAAUAUUUUCUAUAUAUCGCCACCGGAUGCUAGUAUGAUUCUUUCUUUCACCUCGUGUCUCUGAAUGAUUAUUCUAUUAUUAUUAUUAUUAUUAUUAUUAGUUGUAGUAGUUUGUAGUAAUAUAUUGUUUGUUAAUGCUGCCAAGUUUAAGAUACGGCCGGAGGAGGGCGGAAGGCGCGUUGCAUGUGACGUGAGUCCGCUUUCCUUCUUAUUUGAUUUUGAUUGAAUUUGACCAACUGUAUUUUACUAUUAGAUAGGAUUUCGUUUAUGUUCACACACCCACAUACACACGCGUACACGCACAGCCACUCAAGGGGGCGGCGGGGCACGAGGGGGGACGAUGCCGGGCGCUAUGCGGACGCACCUUCCCCUCUCGCCGCUCGGACAUUAUUUAUACACUACACACACACACUCACCACACACGAACACCUCCCCCGAGACGCCCUUUUUUAAAAUUUAUUUAUGUUGUUAUAUAAUCCUAUUGAAGAAUACGCGGGGGCUAAGCGAUCUCAUUUUUACUGCUCUGCCCCCACGGCGCUCGCCGCGAGACUCGAAACUAUUAAUGUGUAAGGCGAUGCGAUGAUUGAAUCGAAGGAAUUGUAAUUAUACGUGAAACAAAAGGACUGCGGCGGCGGGCAUGCGUCCGCCCUCUCCGUUCUCUCUCUCUCUCUAUCUAAAUAAUUGUAUCUUAUCUGUUUCUCCAUUAUCAUCGAAAGAAAAAAAAACUUAAGCAAAGCGGUGUCCUUCCGACAAGAGUUAAGUUGUUUUGCCGAUUCGCACGCGCACGUGCGACCAUCAAUGGGGGCGCGUGUGCGUGCGCACUCGUCAGCCCCACAUCCCCCUAAAAACCCCCAGAGUACACUCUAUUUUUUCUACAUUGUUCCUCGAAAGACUGCCUCGGAACGACACCGGCUCUGAGAGAGUGGCGGACCCCCGCCGGCACGAUACUAUAUAGAUUGAAUUUGAGUUUUUGAUUAGAAAAAGGAAUUUAACAAAUUUAAGCGAAAGCGCAAAAAGAAGUAAAAGAACCCAUUUAAUCAGUUAGUUUUUAUACUUUGUUGUUAUUAUUAUAUUAGUUUUUAAAUAUGAUAAAAUUGUUCUUAAAUUAAAUUUGUACAUUGUUUUGUUUUUGAAUAUUUUUGUUGUAAAUGCUUUUUUAAUUAUAAUAAUACCAGUUCUGCAGUUUUCAUUAUAAA